AUGGAGAUUGCAUGUCGAGUUUAUGUUGAAGCAAUUGAUGCUGAUGAAAAUGAUGAAACACCGGUGUUAACAAUAUUUGCCGAUGUCCUUCAAAAAAAUUUGAAGUCUACUAAUGUGAUUGCUCUAACAGAAGACGAAAUAAGCGAAAAGCUAUUAGAAUUGGAAAACAUUAGACUUGUAUUUGAAAGUGAUAAUAUUGUGACCGUGUGCACCUUUUAA